GAAACUCGAGUAAAUAUAUUUGAGUAAAUGUAAGUGCUACUACCGAACUCUGUGAACAUGUGUAUCAGAGGUUUGGACAUUUCUGGUGUUCCGUAGCUGUGCUGAUGRAGGGGGGUGUGUCGGCUGAAGGGUCGCUGUUUAAGUGGCGAGAAGACUAAGCCUCGAUGGGGGGGAUUAUGGUGGGCGGGGGCGGGGAGCCUCCAUGAUCUGUCAGAGCUUAGUAACACAAUUAUCCCAGCGGCUCCGACAGCAGCAGCAACGAUGAUGAGGAUGAUGAUGAUGAUGAUGGUGGUGGCGGCAGAAGCAGCAUUUUCAUUAGUGUAAUGCCCAGAGACGCUCCGUUGUUAUUAUGUAAGCGUGACGCCAUCCCAGCUCCCAGCGACGGCGUGGCGGCUCGCUUCCCGCUCGGAGAAGCCAAAAGGACGUCGGUCCGUCAGCAGCGGCGGCGGGGAUGUCGCCGAGCUCCGCGCUGGAUCCCAGGCUCGUUGCCAUGGAGAAGCGGAUGCUGUGAGGCGCGGAGACGGAGCAUCUGAUGAGUCAGGCGCGGGCAGAUGAGAGGAAACGAGAUGGACGCGCGGCAGCAGCGGUCUGAUGGAUGCUAGAGGAGAGACUUAAAAAAAAAGAGAAGAUGAAGUUUAAGAAGUUCAUCACCAUCAUGCAGGCGGCCAUGGGGGUCGUUCCCCUGAACAAACGGGAGCUGAUGCCGCCGGGCAGGAAGCUGUGGCGACCCCCGGGGGACCAGGGUUGCUCUGACCAGACCAGUACUGACCUGCUCAAGUCCAGCCGUAAGUUCUGCUGGUCCAGAGAAGCCCAUUACUUGUACCUUCGCCGCCUGUCGUCGAGGAGCUUCUCCGCCAUCACCAUGAACCCGGUCAUGGAGCAGACGGUGUGGGAGCAGUACACCGUGACCCUGCAGAGGGUGAGUCCCAGACGCCGCCAUCUUUACAUUAUUCACCACGGAGACGCUCUGAGCGCCGAUGAAUUAUUACUGAGUGACGUGGUGAACAACACGCCCAUGGAGGGAGCGGUGCACUCCUUCGCUGUUCAGACCCUCAGGAAAUGUGGCAAAACGGCCAAAAUCACGGUCAAGCGCGCCAAGAAGAUCCCGGUCAGCGUGAUGCCCCGGCCCGCCUCGCCUGAAGUCUUCAGCAACGACAACUACAGCGACUACAACUACGAACCGGACCGCCGCAGCAUGACCAGCGGCCGCGACAACAGCCUGGAGCGCCGCGGCUACGGCGACUCCGGCUACCAGACCCGCGACCGGAACUACGACCGUGGACGGAGCGCCGAGCGCGACUUGUGCCCCGACCGGGGCGUCCGGCGUGACGGCAGCAGGGGCCGCACGCUGGACCGCGACUACAGCCCAGACCGUCGAUACCUCAGCGAGCGCGCCCUCGACCGUGACUACAGCCCAGAUCGCCGCUACCGCAGCGAUCGAGUCCUGGACCGCGCCCCGAGCCCGGAGCCGCGCUACGGCCGGGACGGCUACAGCCCCGGAAGAGGCCAGAGGCGCGACCCGAGCUUCGAACGCGGUCGGGACCGAGACCGGGAACCGAGAUACAACGAGGCGGUCCGUAGGACGGCGAGCAGAGACCGCCUGGAUCGCUCACCGUCGCCCCCUGCUGCUCCCAUCCCACUGCCCCGGCCGGGCCGCGACCAGGAGCCGCUGGAGAAACCYGUCAACGUGCUGCUGCUGAAGAACCAUCCCAACGAAGAGUACGGCCUGCGCCUGGGCAGCCAGCUCUUCAUCAAGGAGAUGACGAGCAGCGGCCUGGCCGGCAGAGACGGGAACCUGCAGGAGGGAGACAUCAUCCUGAAGAUCAACGGCACGGUGACGGAGAACCUCUCCCUCGGCGACGCCGGGAAGCUGAUCGAGAAGUCUCGCGGCCGGCUGCAGCUGGUGGUCCAGCGCGACCGCCGCCAGAUCCUGAUCCGCAUCCCGCCGAUGGUGGACAGCGACUCGGAGCUCGAUGAUAUCUCUGAGAUCGAGUCGUACCGCUCUUACUCUCCACAGGAGCGAGGUCAUCCCUCUGACCUUUCCUCACACUCGUCCAAUGAGAGGCUUCGAGACAAACCCAGAGACGAUCCUUCUAGCAGGUUGGCGAAAAUGGGCGCGAUGCCGACGCCUCUCAAAAGUCUGGACAGGCAUGAAGAUUCCUCCCCUUUGCCGCCAGAGAGGGACGAAACUCGAUCCGUGUCGCCGCCAGCAGCAGUUGUCGCCCCAAGAGUUCAGGUUCCUCCAAAAGUCCCACUGAAGCCGAGCUUGGAGGAUCAGGAAGUCUACGGGCCGAACACAAUAAUGGUGCGCUUCAAGAAGGGCGACAGCGUCGGGCUGCGGCUAGCCGGAGGGAACGACGUCGGCAUCUUCAUCGCCGGCGUUCAGGAGGACAGUGCGGCCGAGCAGGAGGGUCUUCGGACCGGAGAUCAGAUCGUUAAGGUGAACAGCGUUGACUUCAGAGGGAUGGUGCGUGAAGACGCCGUCCUCUACCUGCUGGACAUCCCUAAAGGAGAAGACGUGACCAUCCUGGCUCAAAGCAAACCAGAAGUAUAUGAAGACGUUCUGGCAUCCGGACGCGGCGACUCGUUCUACAUCAGGACCCACUUUGAGUACGAGAAGGAGGCGCCGCAGAGCCUCCCGUUCGGCCGGGGAGAGAUCUUCAAGGUCACCGACACGCUGUACGACGGCAAGCUGGGCCACUGGCUGGCCAUCCGCAUGGACCAGGACAACCAGUCGCCCGAAGUGAAAAAGGGAAUCAUCCCCAACAAGAGCAGAGCUGAACAAAUGGCCAACGUGCAGAACGCUGCCAGAGCGGCGUCGGGCAGYGACAGAGGAGACUUCUGGAGGCUGAGAGGUCAAAGGGCGGCGAAGAAGAAAGACCUGCGGAAGAGCCGGGAGGACCUGAGCACCGCGCCGGUCGCCACCAAGUUCCCCGCGUACGAGAGAGUGGUGCUCCGAGAAGCUGGUUUCAGGAGGCCGGUGGUGAUAUUUGGGCCGAUUUCUGACGUAGUGAACGAGAAACUGGCCAGCGACCUUCASAGCGAGUUUAUAAUUGCCAAAACUGAGCCCAAAGACGCUGGAAGUGAGAAAUCCUCUGGAGUGGUGAGACUGAACACCAUCCGACAAAUCAUUGAGCAGGACCUCCACGCGCUGCUGGACGUCACCCCCAAAGCCGUGGACACCUUGAACUACACCCAGUGGUAUCCCAUCGUGGUUUUCCUGAACCCGGACAGCAAGCAGGGCGUCAAAACCAUGAGGAGCCGCCUGAUGCCCGGGUCCAACCGCAGCGCGCGGAAGCUGUACGAACAGGCGGUGCGGCUGAAGAAGACCUGCUCCCACCUCUUCACCGCGACCAUCGACCUGAACUCGUCGAAUGACGCCUGGUACGGCAGCGUGAAGGAGUCGAUCCGGGAGCAGCAGGAGAAAGCAGUGUGGGUGUCCGAGGGGAAGAUGGACGGGUCAGAGGAGGACCUGGACCUUCAGGACGACCGCAUGUCCUACCUGUCGGCCAUGAGCGCCGACUACCUGAGCAUGGACAGCCGCCUCACCAGCGACUACGACGACACGGCGGACGAGGGCGGGGCUUACACCGACAACGAGCUGGACGAGCCGCUGGACGACCCCACGCCCGUCUCCGCCAUCAGCAGGUCGUCGGAGCCCGUCCUGCCCGAGGAGCCGCGCCGCGCCAAGAGGCCCGGGAGCAGGGAGGUUCUGAACCGGGACCCCAGCCCGCCGCCUUCGUUUGUUCCAGAACCACCAAAGGUCCGACCCCAGGCCCGGACCGACUCGGUGCGCAGCUACGAGUCCCACUCCAGCAGCACCAUCAGCAGCAUCGACGCGGUGGCCGCCAGCCGGCCGGCUCCACCGCCGGUGGCCUUGAAGCCCAACGUGRCCCGAAUGCACCAGGCCUCAGAGGAGCUGGYGCCGGCGAACCCGCAGGAGGAGGAAGACCCCGCCAACAAGUCCUUCCUGGGAAAGAGAAUGGCCAAUCAGAUCAAAGCCUUUGAGAAGAUGGACCACUUGGCCCGAGCUCAGCGUCUUCUGGAGCUGCAGGAGGCUGAAAACGCUCGGUUGGAAAUCGCCCAGAAGCAUCCAGACAUCUACGCCGUCCCAGUGAAGCUGCCAAAACCCAACCAGAACCGCCCCCAGCCAAUCGGGUCAGAGCUUUUUCUGUCUCAUUUUCUACAGAGAUGGAAACGAUUUCAACCGACUGAACCUUCACUUUGUUUAUGUCAAUCAAAAUGAAAGCAGCAGAAUCUGCUGGAUAUUUUUAUAAAACAUCUAAUCAAUAGACACAUGAUCAA